AUGCUUUCACGACAAUUGCCCCGGCUCGUUACUAGACGGGCACGAUUUCCUCAGUCCAGUCGCCAGCUUCGCUACCAAUCUACCUCGACUGCUUCUGGCAGUAGCUCCAACUUUGCGACCGGCGUUCUCGGAGGCGUGGUGGGAGCAACUCUCGCGUAUGGCGUAUACUCAUUCACGCCAGCUGGUCGCACUGCAUCCAAGCUCAACAAAGCUGCUGCUGAAGCUAAUAAAAAGUAUGACGCGGCUGCUAAAUCCUUGCAGAAGAAUACGCCCACCGCGGAUCAGGCUGUCGAUUCUAUCAAGCAAUUCGCCUAUUCUUACGCGGCAUGGAUCCCCGGCGGAAGGGGCUACGUCGACGCCGCGUUUAAGGACUGGGAGACUGUGCGCGAUAGCCACAAGGAUGAGGUGGAUGCUAUUGUUAGCGAUACCUAUAAGAAGCUGGGUGAUGUUUCCAAGGCAGGCUUGAGUUUGGAGACGGCAUCCCGGGCAGUCGACGUCCUGGCGGAGAUGUCAAGACGGAUUGCGGAACUAUCGGGAGAUGCUCUCUCUGAUAUUCUGGAUAAUCAUCCCAAGGUUAAGGAAAAGUUUGGCGGAAGCAUAGACCAGCUCAAGUCCAUGGCGGAGAACUACGGACCCGAAGCAAAGAAACAGGUUGACCAGACGUGGAGUCAGGUUAGGGAUAUUUUCUCAGGCGGCUUCUCGGAAGAGAACCUCAACAAGGCGAGAAAACUGGUGGAAGAAAAAGUACAGCAAGUGAAGAGCCUAGGCGAUGAAACAUGGCAAAAAGGCAUUGAAGCGGCGAAACCGUAUCUCGACAAGAACCCCAAGAUCAAGGAACUCGUUGAGAAGAACGCGGAUGCCUUGAAGCAGGGCAACGUGUCUCAGCUAUUUGAGAAGCUGGGCUCAGCAGAAAAGUCUGGCAACGCGGACGACGUGCAAAAGUAUGUGCAGGGGGCGGUGGACAAGGUCAAGUCGAGGGCUGAGGAUGUGGCGGAGGGUUCGGGGCUAGAAAAGUACUUUGAUAUGAUUCCCCAGGGUGGUGAGGUUUUGGAGAAGUUGAGAAAUAUUGGGCAGAUUGCGGAGAAGCAUAGGGAUGAGGGGGAGCAGCUGCUCAAGGAGACGGUGGAGGAUUUGAAGAAGGUGUUGGAGAAGAAGGGGGAGAGGGCGGAGGAGAUUGUGAGGGAGGCUAGGAAGACGGCUGAGCGGGAGGCAAAGAAGAAGACGGAGUGA